GGAAGGGGCGGGCAGGGGCCGGUGGCGCAGCAGCCGCAUGGGUGGUGUGUGGGGCCGUGCGGCGCGGCUGGGCUUACCUGCAGCCCGGGCAGCAGCGGCCCCGGUGAAGGACCAGCGGCGGCUGGGCUGGCUGUCAGGCGCCAGGGCGGGCCCGCUGCUGCUGCUGGCGGCUGCGCUGCCCCCCGGUCCCGGUCGCCUCUCGGUCACCCUCGGCGCGGCACCUCACUUCCUCCGCGCUGGGGCGGGGCACGCGUCUUUAGGCCACCGCUACGAGACGGGAAGCAGCGCUGCCGCACACCUCCCCGGGGAGCAGUCAGCCGCCAUGCCCGCCGCUGGCCCCACCGACAGCCCCGCCGAGCCGCAGGCGCCAGCGGGUGCCGAGACCCUCCGCCGGGGCCGCCGGAGGAAGGUCAAGGAGGAGACACAGGAGAAAAAGCGGCAGGAGAAGGUGAAGCGGCGCGUUAAAGCUGACGGCGAGCAGGCCCAGCCGGAGGAGAGCGGGCUGGGCGAUGGUGACCUUGAGCCCCCCUUGCCUAAGAAGACAAAGAAAAUCGAGGAAAAAAGCAAUGGCUCCGAGCAAACGGUGAAACCUUCCUCUGAUGUAAGCAACGGCGUGACGUCCCUGGCAGUACAGAGCGUGGCCGGCAACACAGCCUCUGGAGAGGACGACAACGACACGGAGGAGCUGACAGAAGAAGCAAAGGAAGGCGACUUCUCCAAUUUUCCUCUCUCCCAGAACACCAUCAACCUUCUCAAAGCUCGAGGUGUAAAAUACCUGUUCCCUGUGCAAGUGAGGACUUUCCAGCCCAUAUAUGAUGGCAAAGAUGUAAUUGCUCAAGCUCGAACAGGAACUGGGAAAACCAUUUCUUUUGCUCUUCCGUUGAUUGAAAAACUUCAGAGUGUCUUGCUAGAUGGGAGAAGAGGACGCACACCAAAAGUACUGGUUCUUGUUCCAACCAGGGAACUGGCCACACAGGUAGCCAAAGACUUCAAGAAUCUCACUAAGAAACUGUCAGUGGCUUGUUUUUAUGGAGGAGCUCCUUAUAAAGAACAGAUUGAUCUCCUUAAAAGUGGCAUUGAUAUUCUAGUGGGAACACCUGGACGGAUCAAAGAUCACAUUCAGAAUAGCAAACUGGAACUUUCCAGCGUGAAGCAUGUUGUUUUAGAUGAAGUUGAUCACAUGUUAGACAUGGGCUUUGCUGAACAAGUGGAAGAAAUCUUAGGAUUUGCUUAUAAAAAAGGUUCUGAGAACAACCCCCAAACGCUGCUGUUUUCUGCAACUUGCCCACGAUGGGUAUAUGAUGUAGCAAAAAAAUACAUGAAAGAUGAUUGUGAACGGAUUGACCUGAUUGGAAAGAAAACUCAGAGAACUGCCACAACUGUGGAGCAUUUGGCUAUACAGUGUCGGUCAUCUCAGAGAGCAGGAGUUCUGGGAGAUAUCAUUCAAGUGUACAGUGGCAGCAGUGGGCGGACCAUUGUCUUCUGCGAGACCAAAAAGGAAGCAAAUGAACUGGCUAUGAAUGCUUCACUCAAACAGGAUGCCCAGUCAUUGCAUGGUGACAUUCCACAAAAACAGAGAGAAAUUACAUUAAAAGGCUUUAGAGAUGGUGUGUUUGAAGUUCUGAUUGCAACAAAUGUAGCUGCCCGUGGUUUGGAUAUUCCUGAAGUUGACCUUGUUAUACAGUGUUCACCACCAAAAGAUGUUGAUUCCUACAUCCAUCGUUCUGGACGUACAGGUCGAGCUGGCCGGACUGGGGUCUGCAUUUGUUUGUUUCAGAGAAGAGAAGAAGAUCUUCUAAAACAAGUUGAGCACAAAGCGGGGAUUACAUUUAAGCGUGUAGGUGUUCCCUCUGCUACAGAUGUAAUCGAAGCUUCAAGUAAUGAUGCCAAAAAGUUGUUGGAGGCCAUUCCUCCUUCUGCAGUAGACUACUUCAGAAAAUCUGCUCAAGAGCUCAUAGAUGAAAAAGGGGCAGUUGCUGCCCUGGCUGCAGCUCUGGCCCAUAUUUCUGGGGCAUCUUACAUACAGCAGCGCUCCUUACUCAACUCGACUGCGGGCUUCGUGACCAUGGUGUUAAAGUGUUCAAUAGAAAUGCAUACAAUGAGCUAUGCCUGGCGAGGACUAAAAGAACAGCUUGGUGAAGAAGUAGAUUCCAAAAUAUCCUCAAUGCGGUUCCUCAAGGGAAAGACGGGGGUGUGCUUUGAUGUCCCUGUUGGCGAGCUGAGUAACAUACAGGAGCAGUGGACGGACACCAGGCGUUGGCAGCUGUCAGUGGCAAAAGAACUGCCUGAGCUGGAAGAGUGCCCCCAGGAGGCAGGACGAGGGUUCUCCAAGUUAGGAAAUGGGAGGCAAGGCGGUGGCGGCUUCAAGAGAAACAGCUGGUUUAAGAAUGGAAACCGAUGGCACGAUUUUAACAAGUGACUUGAUUGGCCUCUGGUACAGAUGUGGACUGAGCUGACUUUUAUCAAAGAGUAAAAACCUGCUCGCCGUUC